UAUGGGAAACGCGCAGUUUGUAUCGUCGAGAUUUGUCGCCGCAGCACUGACAGCGGCAGUUUGUGCAGUAUGGCUUUUAGAAGUGUCACACGCAGCAACAAUGGAUGAACUAAUCAAGAUCGCAGCAAAUAAAAGUAGAGCACUGGAGACUAUACAAGAUGACAGCGUUGUUCUACGUGAACUGGAUAUAUUAAUGCUAAAAGAAGAUUUUCAAGCUCUCGAAAGAGCCAGGGAGGAAGAGUUUGGAUUGUUGGACAAGGACGGUAACUAUGAAGGGGAACGUGCCCGCAAGAAAAGGAAAGGAGUCAGAGAUUUAGGACGCCGCUGGCCAAAUGGUGUAGUCCCGUAUACCAUAUCAUCGGUGAUGUCUGCCUCAGAUCGCAGAGCCAUACAGCAGGCCUUGGAUGACUGGAACAAAUACACAUGUAUCCAAUUCAGGCCACGACGAAAUGAAAGGAACUACAUUCAUUUGGAAAACGGCAGCGGGUGUUCCUCUUUUGUCGGGAUGUUAGGACGAGGACGCCAACUGGUUACCUUGGGACAAGGAUGCAGAUCUAAAGGAAUCAUUAUCCAUGAAUUGGGGCACGCGAUAGGGUUCAACCACGAGCAGACGAGAUAUGACCGCGAUAACUAUGUCACCAUCGUCAGAGGGAACAUUCCAGGACAUCUUUAUUACAAUUUCGAAAAAUAUCCGCAGUCUGUCACCAAUACGCAUGGCGUGCCGUACGAUUACGACAGCGUCAUGCAUUAUGGCCAAUACGCAUUUUCUACCAACGGACGUCCUACCAUUAUAACCAAGGAUAAAUCCAAGCAGAAUACAAUUGGAAACAGCUUCGGACACAGCUUCGGCGAUGUUAAGUUGGCAAACGCCAUGUACACUUGCGAUCGCGGCUGCACGAACAAACCUAGAUGUCCCUCCCCGGGAUUCGUGGACAAGAAUUGCCGCUGUAUGUGCCCAGGAACUAACGGGGGUGUUCCUGUGCAACCCUGCGGUACCGGAGGUGGCACUGGGGGCGGAACUGGAGGCGGCACCGGGGGUGGAACCGGGGGAGGUACUGGCGGUGGCACUGGAGGCGGAACCGGGGGUGGAAACAACAACUGUCGGGAUAACAACAACAAUUGUGCAGGCUGGGCGUCAAGAGGCGAGUGUCAACGUAACCCUGGAUACAUGCACGUUUACUGUAAAGAGUCAUGUCGUUUGUGUAACGGAGGAGGAGGAGGAGGAGGAAGUAGCAGUUGUGUUGACUACGACACAUACUGUGCCACUUGGGCAGCACGUGGCGAGUGCUCUCGUAACCCCCGGUAUAUGAUCCCUUACUGCCCAAAAUCCUGCAAUAGAUGCUCUGGAGGUAAAUGCGUUGACAAUAACGUUCUCUGCGAUCAAUGGGCGAAGAGGGGGGAGUGCGCCAAGAACCCAAAUUACAUGCUCGUAAAUUGUCAACGUGCGUGUGGCGAGUGCUCGUAAUUACCGAUGCAGAGUUCUCCGUGACCCCAUUUCAUGGGUUAUUUUAUUUUUAUACAGAAAGAGUUUAAUUUAAUUUAGCUUCGAUUAGUUUGUGGCUAAAAUGACAUGCGCAAUAUCUUAUAUUAUCUUAAUUUAUUUUAUUUUUUCAAUUAGAUGUUUUAAAUUCUGAACCAACAUUUUGUUUAACAGGAAAAGCUCUCAGAGAGCGCAGACCUCCGCCAAGGUAACUGAAUUCUCACCUUUAUUUAUUAUUUAAUAACUAAAUAAUUAGGUGUGUUCUCAUUUUUGAUUAAUUAAUUUAUCAAUCAACGAGUAAAUAAACUCAUUGGCUGAAUAACUAAUUAAUCAAUUACUACCAAAAAUUUGGCCCAUGCAUCAACAUUUCGUCAAAAUCCGUCCAUAACAUUUUGCAUCAUGCUGCUU